AUGAGCCGCAUAGCUAUGGAACAGACACAGCUCUCCUCCAUUGACUCCGUUGGUUUGUUGCUUGACCAGGCAAAAGCGUACAAUAGUAGCAACAACAGGGACUUUUCUAAGAAGAUCCAUUGUCACUCUUCCAUCUCGCCUUUGAGCCCUUGCCCUGAUGAUUGA